UCUCGCGUUGAUUGGUGCAUCGGAUGAUGUGUCAAAACAAUCGGCGCUCGGGUUCGUCGUUCUAGUCGCCGGAGUUUUGUUCUGAAUCGACCAGCUCAGCGUUUUGUGCGAAUUUGAAUGAAAAGAGCUCAUCUCGUCGUGUUCCAUUCAGAGCAAAAGUUUUGAUUCACAUUUCAGUCCCAACUGCACGGAAAGAAAACAAAUUUCGGUGUUUCUGUCUGGAGAAAAUGCUGUGCUGGAACUUGGUCGUUUGAGGUUACGGUGCUGCAAGCGUAAGGAUAUCAUUACGACGAAACCAUGAAGGUUUGUUACGGGCUGGUGUUGUUGGCUUUAGUGACGUUCUUCGAAGCGGCUGCCGGUGAAUCUAAAAGCCACCCAGUCACAACGCAGCUUUCGGCGAAAUGGGGCAUAACGCCAGCCGAACUGGAGAUUGCGGAGUUCAUUGCAGAGGAAAAUGUUAAUCUGUUUUGGGACUACAUCGACUUGCUCAACAAGAUUCCACACGGUCUUUAUAGCAUAGGUACCGAACGGGAUCGAUACAAGAAGUCUAUCGAGCUGGCCGAAAGUUUACUAGGAGUUGGUCAAACAAACUUGUUGAAGCUGGCAUUAUCGUUGCAUAGCUUUUCCGCCAAGGUGCAAGCUCAUCUCCAGAUAGCCAACGAGGUCCUAAAACAAGGAGAUUGCGAAUCUGCGGCAUUUGUGAGCAUUGGAGGAAAGGUGGCGUGCGAUGAAAGUGAGCUUAGGAGCAUCCUGAAUGCCCUGGAUAAGGAUCCUUCGAAGGUGGAAACUACCACUUUGGACCAUGUGUACCCAGCUUCGGAGAAUAAUUCGCUAACUGCCGUUCUAUACGCUCAGAUAGGAACCGAACUGUUUGAAAAGUUCCAUGUGAUUCUCAAGGAAAAGGCCGAACAGGGAGCAGUUAAGUAUGUUCUUAGGCACUUCGUGAAGGUUGUUUCAAACAGGAAAAUGCGACUGUCCGGAUACGGCGUGGAACUGCAUUUGAAGUCGACUGAGUACAAAAGCCAGGACGAUUCGCCCCGUCCGCAGGACCAAGACACAGUUUUUAGCGACGAUUCUGCCGAACCGGAAGUCGAAGGAUUCGACUUCGUGAAACUUAAGGCACGCUUCCCGCAUCUUUCCCACUCGCUUGACCGUUUUCGCAAUGCCCUGCAGGAGAAACACGAGGAAAUUGCACCUCUGAAAGCUUGGGAGUUCCAGGAGUUGGGUCUGCAAGCCGCUCAAAGAAUCGCUCAGAUCCAAGGUGAAGAAGCGUUGCAAAUUUUGCAAUUCACAGCGCAGAAUUUCCCAACGCAAGCCAAAUCCCUGCUAGCUCAAACGGUAUCUGAAGAUUUCAAAAAAGAAAUGCGACACAACAUCGAAGUGCUGGGUCGCAAUCUGAAUCUGCAACCUCCGGAUUCUGCCUUAUUCCUCAACGGAUUGUUCUUCGAUGCUGAGACAAUCGAUACCAUUACACUGUUGGACACACUCCGUUCAGAAAUGCACGUCCUAGAAGGUUUAAGUCGUAUCAAUCUUCGCGGCAAAGCGGCCGCCCCUUUGCUGGCCCUGGAUCUCUCGUCGACCUCCAAGGAAUUUGCCAUCGACAUUCGUGAUUCGGCCAUCACGUGGAUCAACGAUUUGGAAAACGACGCCCAAUAUCGGCGAUGGCCGGGAAGUGUCAUGGAUCUGUUGCGGCCAACUUUCCCCGGAAUGUUGCGAAACAUUCGCAAGAACCUCUUCAACCUGGUGCUGGUAAUCGAUCCAGUAGCUAACAGCGACAAUGGUCGGGGCAUAGUGAAGCUUGCGGAAAGCUUCGUCGUCCAUUCGGCACCGGUUCGGGUGGGUUUGGUCUUUGACACUAGGGCUAGCUCGGAUAAAGAGGCGGACUACCGUGCGAUUGUAUGUGCAUUCAACUAUGUCCACCAGAAGAAGGGAUCCACCGAUGCUCUGGGAUUCCUAACAGAUCUCUUUGCGGUUGCCUCCAAAAAAGACAUCACCUACGACGAUGUGCGCAAGCAGCUGAAGAAAACUUUCUCCAAACUAAAAUCGGACGAGGUGGACGAGAUUCUCGGCGAGGACUCGGACUUCGAUUACGGUCGACAGCUUUCGCAAGAAUUUGUCGCUAGGCUUGGCUUGAAGACCACACCGCAGGCUUUGAUGAAUGGAGUUAUGCUGCCACAAAACACACUAAACACCGAUGACUUUGAGGAAACUAUUCUCACGGAGAUCAUGCAGCAGACGCCCACCAUCCAGAAGGCCGUCUACAAGGGAGACCUUAACGAUGGGGAACCCGUAAUCGACUAUCUGAUGAAGCAACCACACGUCAUGCCAAGAUUGAAUCAGCGCAUCCUAUCGGCCGAAGAUCCAACCUUCCUGGACGUCUCCGGCAAUCCUCAUCCGGAUCUGGAGGACGUAUCCGCCUUGGCCCAAUUGUCGAACUCCGACCUGACGGCUACGCUGUUGAAGAACCUCAAGUAUCUGGGUGGGAAGUCGACCUACGAAAAGUUCAUGGGCUAUCGGCUGCAUUUCCAAAAUGUUUGGGUUGUUGCGGAUUUAAAGCAAAGCGACGGACGAAAACUACUGCAGAAUGCGCUACGAUUUAUGAAAUCAACUAGCGGCACAAGGGUGGCAUUCGUUCCUAACGUAGACGGUUCGGAUGCGGCUCGAUCCGAACUGAAGAAAGAUUUAAAUGCUCUGGUAUGGGCUGCGAUCAACACUCUUCAGCCAGACGAGGCAACCGAAUUGGUAAUCAAUCUGUUGAAGCAAGCUGAAGAAGGCAAGGACUUCGAAGUUCCAGAUUCAGUACUUGGCUUCCUCCCGGCAACGCAGCUGCACUUGAAAAUGCUUCGGGUUUACUGUCAACGUGUCCUGAAACUGAAAGCAUCCAUGAACGGCUUGGUGGCUAAUGGUCGUGUUCUGGGACCAUUUGAUCCUGAGGAAGUGUUCGAUUCGGAAGACUUCGGCUUGCUGGAAAAGUUCAUCAAUCUGCAGUACACCGACAAGAUUCGAAAAGCCCUGAAGGAGGCAUCCACUGAUGGGGAAGACAUCGAAGUUUCCAGUGAUACCAUCUUCCGGCUGGUUUCAAUUCUAGUACCUCGGCAGCAAUCGAAGUCACGCUUUAACAUACCGGCGGAAAUCCAGGAGAACCAUACCGUGGUUAGGCUACCUCCGAAAUCGAACGAUUUGCCUUUCUUCGAGAUUGUUGCGGUAUUGGAUCCCGCAUCGAGAGGAGCCCAGAAGCUAUCGUCAUUACUCAUUCUGUUGCGCAAUGUGGUCAACUGCAAUAUGCGUCUGAUUCUCUGCGCCGUGGAUAGACACAGCGACAUGCCGGUAAAAACUUUCUACCGCUUCGUUGUUGAGCCAGAACUUCAAUUCACGCCUGAUGGUAAACAUGCUCCUGGGCCAUAUGCCAAGUUCGUCGGAUUGCCAGCAAAUCCUUUGCUGACGCAAAGUCUCAACGUGCCAGAAAAUUGGCUCGUAGAAGUGGUGCGAUCCGUCUACGAUCUGGACAAUAUCAAGCUGUCAGAAAUCAACGGCCCGGUGCAUAGCGAAUACGAGCUGGAGUAUCUGCUUCUGGAGGGUCACUGCUUCGACACCACGACUGGUUCACCACCACGAGGUUUGCAAAUCACGUUGGGAACGGAGCAGCAGCCCAUCGUCGUCGAUACUAUCGUGAUGGCCAAUUUGGGUUAUUUUCAGCUGAAGGCAAAUCCGGGAGCUUGGGUUUUGAAGCUGCGUCACGGUAAGAGUGCGGAUAUCUAUGACAUUACAAGUGCCGAGGGACCCAGUACCGUGCACUCCAGCGAUGAUACAAGGGUUAUCGUAAGUUCACUGAAGUCGCACGUGUUGAAGUUGAGGGUAACCAAAAAACCGGGCAAAGCUAAUGCUGAUUUGCUUGGAGAUGAUAAGGAUUCCGGUGGUGGAAUUUGGGAUUCGAUAAGUUCUAUCGUAGGAUCUGGCGAUGCCCAGGACAAAGAAGUGCUGAACAUAUUUUCGGUUGCUUCGGGACACUUGUAUGAACGGCUGUUGAGGAUUAUGAUGCUGUCGUUACUGAAGCAUACCAAAACUCCCGUCAAGUUUUGGUUCUUGAAAAAUUAUCUUUCACCACAGUUCAUAGACUUCUUACCGUACAUGGCCAAGGAGUACAACUUCCAGUAUGAGUUGGUACAAUACAAAUGGCCACGUUGGUUACAUCAGCAGACUGAAAAACAGCGAAUUAUUUGGGGCUACAAAAUUCUUUUCCUAGACGUACUCUUCCCGCUGGAUGUAAAGAAAAUUAUUUUCGUUGACGCCGAUCAAAUCGUUCGUGCUGAUAUGAAAGAGCUCAACGACUUCGAUCUCGGUGGAGCUCCCUACGGGUAUACCCCUUUCUGCGAUUCACGUCAAGAAAUGGAAGGAUUCCGCUUCUGGAAACAGGGUUACUGGAGGAACCACUUGCAAGGUCGCAAGUAUCACAUUUCGGCAUUGUACGUGGUAGAUUUGAAACGAUUUAGAAAGAUCGCCGCUGGUGAUCGAAUCCGAGGACAGUAUCAAGCUUUAAGCCAAGAUCCCAACAGUUUAUCGAACUUGGAUCAGGAUCUGCCAAAUAAUAUGAUUCAUCAGGUGGCGAUCAAAUCGCUACCACAGGAAUGGCUUUGGUGUGAAACUUGGUGUAGUAGCGAUACGUUACAGUAUGCGAAGACCAUCGAUCUUUGCAACAAUCCUCUGACCAAAGAGGCUAAACUAACCGCCGCCCAAAGAAUUGUGCCCGAAUGGAAGGACUACGAUUCGGAGAUAAAACGACUGCAAGCCAAGGUGGAUGAACUUGAACACGAAGCUGGUCAGAUUUCACAUUCCCAAGGAGAUGCUUCCUCCAACCAAGAAGCGCAACACACUGAGCUGUAGAUAUUUAAUUGCUAAGCAGGACGCAAAUUUCAGAAAAAGACUAAUUUAUUGAUGCCCAAUUCUAAUGUGCGAACUUUGACACACAUUUAUGAACUCCCGAAUGUUCAGCUCAGUUCCCGUGAGAACUGCGUUUGCUGUGAUUAUUUAAUGGUAGCGUUCUAGCUAGAUAUCGCAUUAGCUUACGUACGAGCAUGGUCUUAAAAACGUUUUAGGUUGUCCCACUUCUAGAAUCACAUGAUUACCGCAACUCUCAACUAUUAAAGUUCUCACAUCGGAUGACAGAAAUGCUAAUUAUUUCAAAGCGUUAAUAAAAUUGUACAACAAUCUCUUUUACUGUAA